AAAACUCUUUUUCACUUUCAAUCUCUUUCUUUCAUUGUCUUCUUGAAAAAAAAGAAACGAAUCAAAGCACUACACUCCAUCCCUCCCUCCCCUUGAGAACACCAAAAUCUCCAUGAUCAUGGCACCUUCCUCAGCAGCACUAAACUCUAGUACUUGGGCUAAACCUCACCCUUUAUCAUCGUCUUCAUCUUCAUUAAUCGAUUUGGGCUUCACCACAAAGUCCACCAUGGGAUUGGGAUUGAAGAAGAAGCCCAUUAAAAAGAUAGAUUGUGCUCUACACUCUCCCUCGGUAUUCCAUUUUCCAAAAGAACCCUACAACAAACCCCUAAUUACCGAAGAAAACAGCGUCCCUGCAAAGCCUCAGUGGAACCCAUUCCAAAAAGCCGCAGCAAAGGCCCUCGACAUGUUCGAGAGCGCGUUGCUCGCACGCGAGUACCAGCAACCGCUCCCUAAAACCGCGGACCCACGUGUUCAAAUCGCCGGAAACUUCGCUCCCGUUCCGGAACAACCCGUAAUUCACUCCCUCCCCGUCACCGGCACAAUCCCCAAUUGCGUAAACGGCGUCUACCUCCGUAACGGCGCCAACCCAAUGUUCGAACCCAUAGCGGGACACCAUCUCUUCGACGGCGACGGCAUGGUUCACGCCGUCACCAUCAAUGACGGCGCCGCUAGCUACGCGUGCCGCUUCACCGAAACAGAGAGGCUCGUUCAAGAGCGAGAACUCGGAAGACCAAUGUUCCCCAAAGCCAUCGGCGAACUCCACGGCCAUUCCGGCAUCGCCAAACUGCUCCUCUUUUACGCCAGGGGCUUGUUCGGCAUCGUUGACCACCGUCGCGGCGUCGGCGUUGCCAACGCCGGCCUCGUCUACUUCAACGGCAAACUCCUCGCCAUGUCCGAAGACGACCUCCCCUACGAGCUCCGAAUCACUCCCUCCGGCGACCUCCGAACAAUUGGCCGUUACAGCUUCCAAAACCAACUCAAUUCCAGCAUGAUCGCGCACCCUAAAAUCGACCCUGUCUCCGGCGAGCUCUUCGCCCUCAGCUACGACGUCACCAGGCCCAAUCUCAACUACUUCCGCUUCUCGCCGGAAGGGAAAAAGUCGCCGGACGUCGAAAUACACCUUGACGUUCCGACGAUGACGCACGACUUCGCGAUCACCGAGAAUUUCGUGGUGAUCCCCGAUCAGCAGGUGGUGUUCAAGCUGGGAGAGAUGAUGAAGGGAGGGUCGCCGGUGAUGUACGACGGCGAGAAAAAAUCGAGGUUCGGCGUUCUCCCGAAGUACGCUACGGACGCGUCGAGCAUCGUGUGGGUUGAGUCGCCGGACACGUUCUGCUUCCAUCUCUGGAACGCUUGGGAGGAACCCGAAACCGAUGAGGUGGUGGUGAUCGGGUCCUGCAUGACGCCGCCGGAUUCGAUCUUCAACGAGAGCGACGAGAGUCUUAGGAGCGUGUUGACGGAGAUAAGGCUGAACGUCAGGAGCCGUGAGUCCACGCGCCGAAGCCUGAUUCCUCAAGUGAACCUGGAGGCAGGGAUGGUGAACCGGAACCGGCUUGGUAGAAAAACCCGGUUCGCAUACUUAGCCGUUGCAGAACCGUGGCCGAAGGUGUGUGGUUUCGCGAAGGUGGACCUUUUGAGUGGAGAAAUGAAACAGCACAAUUAUGGAGAUACAAGGUUCGGUGGAGAACCGUUCUUUUUGCCGAGAGGUGACGGAGAUGAAUACGAAGAAGAUGAAGGGUACAUUAUGGCGUUGGUGCAUGAUGAGAGAACGUGGAAAUCAGAGUUACAGAUUGUCAACGCCGUGGACUUGAAAUUGGAAGCCACCGUGGAACUCCCAUCGCGAGUGCCUUAUGGUUUUCAUGGUACUUUUGUGCAAGCUAGCGCUAUGAAAUGA